AGUCUCUCCACGCGAGCUAUGACGUCCUCAGAGUCCUCAGAGAUAAUCUCGCGGCGGCUGCGUCAUCUGCUACUAUAGGCUCUGCACACGGAUACAGCGCGACUGCGGAGUGCAGAGGAGAGCCAUCAUCGUCAGUUUAUCGUCGAGAAUAAGUCAAGACGUCCGCGAGCUUGCCACUCUUUUGAUGGCAGAAUUGCGUGCGCGAACCGCCAAGUGAUUUUAUCAUAGUUAAUGUGAUGUUUUCUGUGGGCAAACACGAGAAUGCCAAUACAGGCACCACAGUGGACUGAGUUUCUUUCUUGUCCUGUCUGUUGUCAUGACUUUGAUGUGGCUAUUCGUGGGCCUAUAUCUUUAGGAUGUGGACACACAAUAUGCCGCACUUGCUUGGCCAAUCUUCAUCGGAAACAAUGCCCUUUUGAUCAGAGUGCUAUCAACACAGAGAUCGAAAAGCUACCAGUAAAUGAAGCAUUACUGCAGUUAGUGGGCAACUCUGUACCAAGCAACAAUGCAGCGACAACAUUUCAAGCGCUUCUAUCCCCCGAAGAUUUCACCCAUUACCUGGUGGCCAAGCGUUGUAUUGAGGAACUUGCACUGUACCUCAAACCAUGCCAAGCCACACCUAACAAUGCUACAGGCAUUGGUUUAGUAUCUAGGCCAAUGCAAAGGAAACUUGUGACUUUGGUUGGGUGUCAACUUGUAGAACCAGAAGGAAGAGCAAGAGCCAUAAGAGCUGCAAGAAGUUUAGGAGAAAGAUCAGUUACAGAACUAAUUUUGCAACAUCAAAAUCCCCAGCAGCUUAGUGCCAAUCUUUGGGCUGCUGUUCGAGCUAGAGGAUGUCAAUUUCUUGGGCCAGGUAUGCAAGAAGAGGUGUUGAAGCUUGUGCUUUUAGCCCUCGAAGAUGGAUCAGCUCUAUCCCGAAAAGUGCUAGUUAUGUUCGUAGUCCAGCGCUUAGAACCACACUUUCCCCAAGCCUCAAAAACCAGCAUUGGCCAUGUGGUCCAGCUUCUCUACAGAGCUAGCUGUUUCAAGGUUUCCAAGCGCGAGGGUGACUCGUCGCUAAUGCAGCUAAAGGAGGAAUUCCGCACUUACGAAGCGUUGCGUCGCGAACAUGAUGCUCAGAUUGUGCAAAUCGCAACGGAGGCUGGGCUGCGCAUCGCUCCAGAUCAGUGGUCGGCCCUACUUUACGGCGAUACUGGCCAUAAGUCGCACAUGCAAAGCAUCAUCGAUAAAUUGCAGACGCCUCAGUCCUUUGCCCAAAGUGUGCAAGAACUCGUCAUAGCUCUUCAACGCACACCUGACCCUGGGCAGCUCAGCAGCUUAAGACCCCAGCUUGAACUUCUCGCUUCUAUUGAUCCUAGUCCAGAAUCAGAACCACCAUCAUGGACAGAAUGUCGUUCAGCCUUGGAAGCCAUAAAAAUCGUUGUGAGUGCGUUGGUAGAGUUCAUACAGCAGCACGGUAACCGCAAAUCGCAAGACGGAGCCCAUAAUAGCAGUCAGUCUAAAUACAAAGUGAGUAUGUGUAGAGAUCUGGCACUAAGGGGCUCCUGUCCCCGAGCCACUAGCUGCACUUUUGCUCACAGCGAUCUCGAGCUUGACAAAUAUCGCUCAAAGAAUCGCAAGCUUGGUACCAGGAGUAGUAUGCCGAUCAACGGCAAUGCCGAUGUGAAAAGUGAAAAGGCUUUGAUUGUGACUACUGGAGGAGGCGGCGGUGGAGGCGGUACAAAUAAAGGAUUUAAGCAGUGCAAGGACGCAACAAACAAUUUUAACAAAAAUCAUGAUAAUUCACAUAGAGAGAAUUUUAAUCAGAUAAAUAAGAGUAAUCAAGCUCAGCAUACUAGCGCUAACAAUGAGAACUUUAUCGGCUCCUUGACCAACUAUAUGCUACCUGGAACGCAAAAUGUCUCUCGAAUAAUACCCCAAAAGGACAUUCAAUGCGGCCAUUACAUCGUGCCUACUGGUACUGGAUCUCUUGAUUACGCUGCCGCUAAUCUCCACCUCUGGGACCCUACGCAGAUCGGCCCUGGCAUGCAGACUGUUUUUCCUAACAACAACAAUAAUAACAACAAGAAAAGUCGAACUGCAGCGAAGACACUGGCGGUAUUGUUGCAACGUAGGAUGGAGAUCAUCAAUCAGCUGGAAAACAUGGUUAGCAAGCAGGCACCGUCGCAGAUGAAAGCAAAUUAUUAUGACAUUCAAAGUGACUCGCUGUACCCGAAUUUUUCUAUAUGGACAAAUGCACCUACAAAUCAGUCUAAUCCAGGGAAUAUCAACUUCACUAAUAAUUUUAUCUGCAAUGAUUCUAUACUGUACGACGAUGAAUUUAUACCUUUCGAUGCUUCAUCUGCUAACAAAUACGGUCCGAUUUCUAGACUGUCGAAAUCUAUUUUAAGACCAACAAAUGGCGUCCAGCAAAAUGGCUUAUACAAUGAUGGUGUUGCGAAUUCGAUUUCCACUCUAAGACCUGUUCCAGCAUCUAGUCCUAUGGCUUCCCGAUUUUACAAUCAACCUUUCACUGCUAUUGGCACGAAUGGAGGAAUGCAACAAAUCUCCAAUUCAGGUCUCAAUGAUGCUUACAUUACCCUCAACCGAAAUCUACCAGAAACUGCUUCUCAAAUGCAAAUACCUCGUCAAGAUUGCAUGUCUAAAGAUUUAAUAAUUGAAUCGCAAAAAGUUAAGCAGCAGUUGAAAAAUUUAGAGAAAAAAAUUAAUGAUUUGAAGCUCGCUACUCAAGGAGCGACGUACAGCGAAGGCGAGAGAUUAGCGCAAGAACUGCAAAUGAUUGAAGCCGGGAUCAGAGAGAAGGAAAAGGAUGUGUGCAAUUGGAGUCCAUACAGUAACAUGGCUUGGAUUCAACCCCCCGUCAAUCCGUUGAAUAAUCAAAGUAUCAAUAGGGAUUUUAAAGCUGAAGAGGAGGACACCUACGAAGUUGACAUAGCGAAUGACAUGCGAGAAUUCGAGCUGCGAUGGGAGUCUGAGCUGCAGGAGCAAGAAGAGCGCUGGUCCAAAGAGGAGGAGGUGAAGAAGUGAUAGUAAAUCCCAGAAUCAGAUCUCGCAAACCCUUAGAUAUCAAAGUUAACUAGUACGUUAUUGUACUCUGUGUUGCUAUUGUUUUCUUCGUCAAAAUUUAUUCUAUAGAGUGGGUUUGUAGGAGUAUAUACGCGUUUAGAUCGAGUGUUUAUUUUCUUUGUACAUAGUCUUGAGAAUCCUGCAGAAUCUGUAUCAUGGCGAUGAUAUGUACCCGUAACUUCUAUUUUUCGGUUUCUCAUAUCGAAAAUUCCGCUAUACUACUGCUUCUGCGAAUCGAAGUACGAAUCUCGCUAUGACUACAUAUAAUGAUGACAACCUCAAUGAGGUUAAACGAUAUUAUGUAUCCAGAGAUUCGUAGUUCGGAGACGUAGAGACACGAUGAACUAUAUGGCAAGAUUUAAUGAAAAAACAAGAACAAAGCAGCUGUGACAAUUUGGAAUGUUAAUAAUUGUAUUGCAUUCUCGAGUCCGGUGGUCCUAACCGUAAAAAGGAUCCUUAGGCGAGGGAGUGUCUCUCCGUAGUCAUUGAAAAAAUAGUCUAUAUAGUCCGAUAAAAAUGAUAUGAAAUUGUUUUGCAAAAACAAAAUAUGCACGCGGGUGGUGUGGCAAAAGGGGAGAUUUGUUAAAAUUUAACAGAAAUUAAUCGUCAGUGUUUUAUAAACAUGACAGAGUGUAGUAUAUUUAUUUAUAUAUCUGUGCAGGUAGGGCGAAACUCAUUGAUAUCGCUUCGAUAUGUUUUGGGAGACGAUAAGAAACACACGUUAAUUGACCUGGAUUCAAAAGGUUUCGCGAAAAUAUAAAUACGUUUUAUGUAGAGAAAAAAGCAUAUAAAUGUUGAGAAUAUUAGCAAUCGAAGAAUCUAAGUGUGUUUAAAGGAGAUCUUGAAAUUUUAGAAGAAAACUUACGUUUGUGGUUUCUUACGAAAAAGCAAACGUAUAUUUCAGAUGAGUGCUUUUAAAAAUUACAAUUUUAAAAAGCCUCUUAUUCACUUGUGUUGGUCUAUUGUUUUUUUUAGUUUUAUUAAAAGACAAAUUUUUAUUGUUUUUAUAUAAAAACGAAAUACAUACAAUUUAUAAAUGAUAAACGAUUUGAGUCCUCAAAUUUCAAGGUCUCGGUCGCCUCGAUUCUAUAUAAAUAAAAAAAUAAUAAAAAAAUUAACUACCUUUAUAGAAAGAUUCGCAUAUUACUAUAUAGUUAAUUAAAGAAACAGUACAUUUGGAGUAAAUUAAGUCGUUCUUUGUGCACUAGGCAUAAUAAUGUUCGUGCACUCGCGAUAUCCUCUAAAGAAAUACUUCUUACGGUCUUGCUUACGAGAAAUUCAUACGUUUAUAUAUAACAUACGAACAAAAAGCGCAAAAAAUUUUCUUUAAGAAUUUGGUUAUACAAAAUAGUUUAGCCACCAUACUAAUAUAUUAGUUUCAUUCUACGUUGAAUUAUAUUUUUCGUAAUUGUGUGAAAUAAUAAUAAUGCUCACCUUAUAUUAUUAUCUUCAAUACAAUCAAAGAUGAAUAUGAUGGAUACGUAGAUGAAUGGUAUAUGUAUUUGUUAUAUGAUGGCAUGAUUUUUUUCUCAAGGCGAAAUCUUUUCGCAAUUCAUGGUACGUUAAGAACAGCGAAAACGUUUCGUCGUUACUAUCGUGUAAAGAAGAACAUUGUUUAUUGUGCCUAGAAAGGAGCAAAGCAUUUCUCUUAUUCUAUAAAUAUAAAAGGAAAAAAAAAAUAUAUAUAUAUAAUGAUAAAGACUGGUACUCACAAUUGCAAAUGAAAAAAUUACAAUUGUAUGUAAUUACUCAAUAGAGAGACAGAUAGAGAGAGAGAGAGAGAGAGAGAGAGAGAGAGAGAGAAACCCAAUCAUUUUUACAAAUUCUAUGUUCUUUUUUCUUUAUCUGUUAUGUUUGAAAAUCGAGUUCAAUUCUGAGAACUUUGCUUUCAAGCGGAAUAUAAUUGUUUAAGAAUAUCUAUAUAGAGUCACAUUGGCUUCCCGCGCAAUUAAGAUAGGAAAAAUUUUUUACUUUACUACACUACGAAUCGGAGCUCUGCAUUUGUUUUUCAUUUCCUCAAUUUCACAACAUACAGGGGACAAAAAAUAUCCAUCUUGUCAGGCAACUGAUAUACUCGCUUUUUACCCUUUUUGUUUUUCUGUUAUUUUACUUUGUUUGGAAAGAUUAUAUAUUAUUUUUCUUAUUACGUUUUCGAGUUUACGCAGUUCAUGAAUUGAUCGAUUCGUUUAAUUUUUUUCUUUGUGCAAGGACGCGUUCGUAACCUCGCGCCAAAGGAAAAAGCAAAAAAACUAUCAAAUUGGAAUUAUGUUUUAUUUGACUCUAGUUUUUUUUUAUAUGAUACAUAAUGUAUAGCCGAUUGUAUAAUGGAUUCCAGUUUUAUUGGAAGUGUUGAUAGACUUUUUACGAGAUCACCAGAUAUUUGGAGCUGGCAAAUCGUCGAUCGUGAAAGCGUAGGAUUAUUUUUAUACCUUUUUGGAGAAACUGAAUAUGUUCUGGCACGAUAUUUUUCUUUGCCUUCAAGUAGACAAAAAAUAUAUAUUGGCGUGUAGUACCUAGAUACAUUUAUUGGCAUUAUUAUUUUUUAAGUUCACGCAAUAUACAAAAGAGAUACAAUUUUUUCCGAACCUUUUUUUUCGCUCUACGGUGAAGAGAAAAUAAUAAAAAUUAUAGAUAAAGAAAUGUUUUGCUAGAACAUAAUUAAUUUCUUAUGGCAAAAAGACAACGGUGCAAUGACAUCCAUUUGAUUUGUCAAAUUCAACUUUUUCUUCUCUCUACAGUUAUCAGAGAUUCAUAAAGAAAGCUGAAAUAUGCAUUUUUUAUACUCGAAGAAAAUGAAAUAAGACUGUAGCGCGAAGAAAAAAGUUUCUUUUUCUCGUUAAUUAUUUAAUUGCGAAAGAAACCGUAUUUUGAAAGCUUGUUAUCGUUCGAUUUAUAUCUCUUGUAUUUACGUUUCCACUUGUAAGAGUAUGUUUCUCUCUUUUUUUAAUAUAAAUGUUGCUUACUUUUACACUGAAUCUCUUAACAUGGCAAGUACUUGGUCACUUCACUCGCACUCGUCUCCCUUUUUUAUCCCUGGCGGAUGUAAGUUUUCUUUGUUAAGUUAUAUAUUAUAACUGAAAUAAAAAUUGGUAAUAAAAUAUGUAUCAAAUGUGAAUUCAAUACAAUACACUGACACAAAGUAUUGUAAUAGUUACUAAACCACAAGUUAUAUCGAUACCAGAUCCUGCGUAAUUUUAUUGUCAAUUGUUACAGUAACGCAACAAAUUCUGUUUUUUACGUUGAGUAAUAUUAUUUUCCUACAUGUGUACUAUGUAGUGAGGAACACAAAAUUUGUUAAGGUUGUGCUACUUAUGUUACUAUUAGAUGUAAUUUUGCAAAUUUCUAUGAAAAUCCACAAAACUGUUGAACCUACAAAAAUGCUAAACUGUCGAAGAGAACGUUCCACCAGGGAGAACAAAUUAUAUAAUGCGUAUGCCGAGUAAGUAGACUGAAAAAUAGAGAAAAAAUAAUUAAUAAUAAAUAUAAAAGUAAGGAGGGCUGUGUAAACAAUGGGAAGUAAAAAGCGCAGCAAUACUGUUUGUGCGAGCUUCAGAUUAAUUGCAUGUUAAACAUGUCACUUUAUAUAUGUACGACGAUAAAUGAUACGCGCGUAUCUGUGUUAAUGGUAUAAAAUAAAAUAACGGGAAAAGAGAAAAAAAGAAAAAAGAAUUAUAGAAACCGACGCGUUCGCGUAUAAAGAUCGCUUCAAAAGAUUAAAAAAAAGAAAAGAAAACGACGGAACUUCUUUACUUGAACGCGUAUUAAACGACGUACCGCAAGUAUAUGCAUAUAUAUAUAUAUAUGCAUGUCGGUAUGCGACUUUUUACAAAACAAUCUGGAAAAAUGCUAGCGAAAUAUAACAAGAUGAUCAUUUUACCAUCCAUCGUAGAGUCAUGUCGAAUUCUCGUCUCGUAAUUUUUUUCAUUGUAGUAGCGAAAAAUUCGUUAAAAUUCGUGUAAAGACGAGCUUAAUUGCGCUAUUGCAAUGUAGCGGUUUUAAAAUUACCAUUUCAUUUGUACCAGAUGAAUCACAUACUUCCAUAUGUGAUUUUUCAGCGAUAACGUUGCUCAACUAUGUCUCUUUUUAUUAUACUACAACGAAGCGCUUCGUAAUAGCGGAUGAAAGAAAAGAAUCGUCUCGUCUUAAGUUGCACUUAUAUUCUACCAUUUGUACCGUAAGAAGAACGAAAGUCUCGUGAGCAGUGUGGAGACGUUUUUUUUUUUGUCAGUUGCUACUAAUCAAAUAUUUAAUACGUAAAUAUUAAUGUAUCUUUAAUAUUUGUGUAUUAUUUAUACAGCUACUAUGAACAUGAUAAUAAAUGAAUUUGAUUUUGAGUGAAAAAGAUAAUUUGUAUUGCUCCAAACUGAUUUUUUAAUCCGUUGCGAAUUAACUCGAAAUCGAUUUCACGUGAGUUCCGAUUCCAUUGAUCAAUGUGCACAUUCGCCUGUAAAAUAGGAAAUUGUUUGGGAGAUUCAGUAACUCUGUUGUUUGGCGAAUAAAUUUACUAAAUGAAAUUCACCUGUACAAUUUUAAACAUUCACUCUAAUAACGAAAGCCAAUCAUCGAGAAUCGAGAAAAUCUUAUUAAAGUAACGUUUCCAUUAUUGACCGUGAAAGACAAAAUAACAAUAAUAAAAUAGCCAACAACGUUUGCUCGUAUUACUGCCUGAAAAAUGAAGCGUACCAUAACGAAAGAGGGGAAGAAUAUCGAAAUUUUGUAUUGUUCGGAUGUCUAUAGAAAUCAUGUUUUUCUAUCUAAUAUAGCGUGCGAUUUGUAGCGACGACGACUUUUACCCGUACGAGCGACGACAACAAUAAUUAUCACAAUCUGUGCUCUUGAAGUUCGAGAGGAAAGAGUCGUUGGGAGAUCAAUGCUGUGAAUCAAUUUUUUAACUACACAGUGUACUCUAAGUUUUCGUUUUACUCGCCGUAUCCGUUCCAUUGAACCCGAUUAAUAAUCACGAAUCGAAUGAAGUAUCAAAGCAAAAGUUUCUAUUAUUUGUUACUCUUUUUAAAUCGGAUUCUACCAUGAUUUUUUGUAUAUUCUAUGUGCUGUAUAGAUCGCGCGAAUUUUUCACUCGUAACCGAAUUGUAAAUACAUAUUAUGCACUUGGACGAGGAGUACAUGUAUAGUUACGGGCAGCAAUAUUUUCUCGGCCUCGAAGAGACGACGGAGUACACUACAUAGAUAUAUUUAUCGUGACAAAGCCAAGUUUGUACUGUGAACUAAAAGAAAUAAUAAGGAUGGAAGAUGAUGAAGAGUAAAAUAUCGAGUGUAAGACGAUGUAAUUUAAAAAGCUCACUCCGUUCGUGACUUUCGUUGAUGCGACGAGUCGUUCCGUUUCUUCUCGCAUCCGAUGGCGUCGAAUAUUCGUUUUCUCUGUAUUUCCUUUGCAACAAAUGUAAUACGAUCGAAAGUGUAAUAUAUUUAUAUACUCAAUA